GAUGUAGCUCAGUGCGAAGACCCCAGGUUCAAAUCCCAGUACCACAAAAACAAGAAACGUGAGCAGGGAUUCUUCCCUCUGCCCUGCACGGCCAACAACUGCCCACCUCAGAAGAAAGAAUUCUAAAAGUACCUGAGUAGAGAAUAGUGAAGGAAUUAGAAUUUUCAGAGCUGCUUUCUUGCAGGGAGGGAUAGCAGAAAUGUAUCUGCAUUUCAAGGUAUUCCCACAAACCAGUUUUUCUGCCCCAUUCUGCCUUCUGCCUGCUAAUCUAAUCAUUUUAUAUUUGUAAUAUGACAAUUCUUUCUGAGCUGGACUUCCUAUUUUCUGUUUUCUCAAAUAUUCAUUUUGCAAACUGAUACCAAACCGAACUUCUGGAAAUGACAGAUCUGUGUUCAAAGUUGAUCCCAUGUGCAUCUUACAGCAAGGUCAGAUUAUCUCCACAAGGUAGAGCUACCCAGCCCAAAACCUUUUUCAUCGUGCUGCACUACAGAAACCUCACCUUACAGGUCAUCAGCCCUAGGCUAGACUGCUCGACAGCAUUUGUUAGUUAAAAAUUUACUGACUUCUUUCCCUAUUUUCCGCUAAGGACUUGAAAUUCCAAUUCUGCAGACUAUUACUGCCCUACCUAUUCCCAUCCUCAAGGGGGCAGUAUCCAGAGAGCCGCUCUUUGAUUUGAACGCAUUUUCAGACCAAAACCAAAACCUUCAAACGCUUCUCCGGGGUGCGCCAGAUUAGUCGCAGGACCCAAGACCACCAAGUACGCCUGCGCAUCCGGGUUCUGUAGGGCGUGCGCAUGCGCCUCUGAACGGCCUGGCAGGAGCCGCUGGGGCGCUCGGGGCGGCCGUUGGGGACGUUAGCUGUAGGAGGAGCUUCUCCCUUACGGUGGGAACCACUGCCCAGCCGCUGCCCAGCCUCUCUGGCCUCCGGAGUGUAGUCACCUUAGGUGAAGGUGCUUGACCCGCAUCCCCGGAAGUAGCCCGCUGACCUCUCAGCCGCCGCCAUGCAAGGGGAGGACGCCAGAUACCUCAAAAGGAAAGUCAAAGGAGGUAAUAUUGAUGUACAUCCAUCAGAAAAAGCACUUAUUGUUCAAUAUGAAGUGGAAGCCACCAUUCUUGGAGAAAUGGGUGAUCCCAUGUUGGGAGAACGAAAGGAAUGUCAAAAAAUUAUUCGUCUGAAGGGUCUCAAUGCCAACACAGAUAUAACUUCCUUGGCACGGAAGGUGGUUGAAGAAUGUAAACUUAUUCAUCCCUCAAAACUAAAUGAAGUAGAGCAGCUGUUGUACUAUCUGCAGAACCGCCGGGAUUCAUUGUCAGGAAAAGAAAAAAAAGAAAAAUCAAGCAAACCUAAAGAUCCACCCCCUUUUGAAGGAACAGAGAUUGAUGAAGUUGCAAACAUUAAUGACAUGGAUGAAUACCUUGAAUUAUUGUAUGAAGAUAUUCCUGACAAGGUUCGGGGUUCAGCCUUGAUCCUACAGCUUGCUCGCAAUCCUGAUAACUUGGAAGAACUACUGUUGAAUGAGACUGCCCUUGGUGCACUAGCAAGAGUCCUGAGAGAAGACUGGAAGCAAAGUGUUGAGUUAGCUACAAACAUAAUUUAUAUCUUUUUUUGCUUUUCCAGCUUUUCUCAGUUUCAUGGAGUAAUUACACACUAUAAAAUCGGAGCUCUUUGUAUGAAUAUCAUUGAUCAUGAAUUAAAAAGACACGAGCUUUGGCAAGAAGAACUUUCUAAGAAGAAGAAGGCUGUUGAUGAAGACCUUGAAAACCAAACCUUGAAGAAAGAUUAUGAAAAAACCUUUAAAAAAUACCAGGGGCUUGUGGUAAAACAAGAACAGCUAUUGAGAGUUGCUCUUUAUUUGCUUCUGAAUCUAGCUGAGGAUACUCGUACAGAACUGAAGAUGAGGAAUAAGAAUAUAGUUCACAUGUUGGUGAAAGCUCUUGAUCGGGACAAUUUUGAGCUGCUUAUUCUAGUUGUAACAUUCUUAAAGAAACUCAGCAUUUUUAUGGAGAAUAAAAAUGAUAUGGUGGAAAUGGAUAUUGUUGAAAAACUGGUGAAACUGAUACCAUGUGAGCAUGAAGAUUUACUGAAUAUCACUCUCCGGCUUUUACUAAACCUGUCCUUUGACACAGGACUGAGGAAUAAGAUGGUACAAGUUGGACUUCUUCCAAAACUCACUGCACUCCUAGGCAAUGAAAACUACAAACAAAUAGCAAUAUGUGUGCUUUACCACAUAAGCAUGGAUGAUCGCUUUAAAUCAAUGUUUGCAUACACUGAUUGUAUACCACAGCUAAUGAAGAUGCUCUUUGAAUGUUCAGAUGAACGAAUUGAUUUGGAACUCAUUUCUCUCUGCAUUAAUCUUGCUGCUAACAAGAGGAAUGUACAGCUAAUCUGUGAAGGAAAUGGGCUAAAGAUGCUCAUGAAAAGAGCUCUGAAGUUCAAGGAUCCAUUGCUGAUGAAAAUGAUUAGAAACAUUUCCCAGCAUGAUGGACCAACUAAAAAUCUCUUUAUUGAUUACGUUGGGGAUCUUGCAGCCCAGAUUUCUAAUGAUGAAGAGGAGGAGUUUGUGAUCGAAUGUUUGGGAACUCUGGCAAAUUUGACCAUUCCUGACUUGGACUGGGAACUGGUUCUUAAAGAGUACAAGUUGGUUCCAUACCUCAAGGAUAAACUGAAACCAGGUACUGCUGAAGACGACCUUGUUUUAGAAGUGGUUAUAAUGAUUGGAACUGUAUCUAUGGAUGACUCUUGUGCAGCAUUGUUAGCUAAAUCUGGAAUAAUCCCUGCCCUUAUUGAACUGCUAAAUGCUCAGCAAGAAGAUGAUGAAUUUGUGUGUCAGAUAAUUUAUGUCUUCUACCAGAUGGUUUUCCACCAAGCCACAAGAGAUGUCAUAAUCAAGGAAACACAAGCUCCAGCAUAUCUCAUAGAUCUGAUGCAUGAUAAAAAUAAUGAAAUCCGAAAGGUCUGUGAUAAUACACUAGAUAUUAUUGCGGAAUAUGAUGAUGAAUGGGCAAAGAAAAUUCAGAGGGAAAAGUUUUGCUGGCAUAACUCUCAGUGGCUGGAGAUGGUAGAGAGUCGUCAGAUGGAUGAGAGUGAGCAGUACUUGUAUGGUGAUGAUCGAAUUGAGCCAUAUAUCCAUGAAGGAGAUAUUCUCGAAAGACCUGACCUUUUCUACAGCCCAGAUGGAUUAAUUGCCACUGAAGGAGCCAUAAGUCCAGAUUUCUUUAACGACUAUCACCUUCAGAAUGGAGAUGUAGUUGGACAGCAUUCAUUUCCUGGCAGCCUUGGAAUGGAUGGCUUUGGCCAGCCAGUUGGUAUUCUUGGACGCCCUGCCACAGCUUAUGGAUUCCGCCCUGAUGAACCUUACUACUAUGGCUAUGGGUCUCAAUAGAAUUGUCCCUUCUUCUGUUUACUUUCAGAAGAAACCUUCAUGGAUUGGGUUAACUUUGACCUUGGCCUAAUCAUGCAUAUUUAUCUUAUUAUGGCUCUGUGUUUAUUUUUCCCUGUUGUUUCCUGAGAUUAACUCCACCCUCUUCUGUCUCUUGAGUACAGUUGAUGCUAACACUGUCCACUCUCCAACCACAUCUUAAGCCUGAAUAAAAUUUCCUGUAAUACUCAAAAUGUUGAAAAGCUGUUAGACUAGAAAGCCAACACUAUGUACAUCAGGUAGCUCUGACCUUGGGAAAUCUAACACUGGGAAUCUUUGUUGAUGUUGUUAUUUGGUUUUGUUUUUGUUAUUUUCUGUAUCUCUUUUCAAAAGUACACAAAGAGGAUCUUAUAAGCAUGUAAUAUAUCUUAAAUAAUUAUGGGUAACUACUCUGUCUCCACAAAACUUCACCUUUAGUUUAUAUUUUAUGAGGUUGGGACCAAUUUAAGGUGUUGAUUUUUUUCUAUGUUUCUCUAAAUGUAAAUAUAAGAGUAAAGAGACUUCAAACUUGGUUUUCUAAUGAGGGAAGGUGAACAAAGAUUCCCUCUAGCAAUCUACAGCCCCUUCUCUCUUUCUCCCCUGCCUGUUAUAAUGUAUAAGUCUGUAGUGUUAACUAAUAGGAAAAACAUAAUCAUAGUAGCUUAAAAUAUUGAGAGACAGCAGUACCUCAGCUCACAGGUGCAGAAGUGUUCGGCAAGAUUGUGCUUCACAUCUGGCAAGGUGACUGUGGCCACCCUCUGCAGAACUGUGGAAUGAAUUAAGUUUGUGAACCAAGGUACCACUGGGCUCUUAGGACAUACAUAAGAAAAUAGGAAUGCCAAUUCUGUCUAUUUAUGGUUAUAAACUUAGAACCAAGCAAGUGAUUAUUAUAAUUCAGCAUGGCCAAGGUAUCUAAGAGGGAACUCUGAUUUUCUGUAAUUAUUAAAAGAAAAAUGGAACAAGUGUUUAUAACAAAAUAUCUGAGAGUAUUAAAUGUAUCUCAGAUUGCUGAUAUGUAUGUGUAGCAUUGUAAUAUAAGAUCAAAGGAUAUCUGACCCUUAAGUUUCAGAGUACUAUUCUAGAAGGAUAAGAAGUAUCUGAAAACAGAAAAAAAAAAUUUUUUUUAUUAUAUAACUCAGUAAUACUGGCUUUUACUUGCAAAUAUCACUUAAAAAUUACAGAUGUCGGGCCCAGGGAUUUAGCUCAGUGGUUCCGGUGCCUGCCUCACAAGCACAAGGACCCAAGUUUGAUCCCCAGUACCAAAAAAAAAAAGGUUACAGAUGUCAAGAAACAGCUUAAAAUAGUAUAUAAAUUUUCAUCAUAUACCUAUGAAGUGAAUUUUUUUUUUCUUUUGAGGUCAUAUAUCAUAAUCUCCAGAUACUCUUGUGAUGUUUCUGAAAUUAGAUCUUGGCUUGAUUUAUUAGCAGAUCUUGUGGGAGAAACUUUAAAGUAUCCACAUACAAAUUCAGCAGCAGCUUUUCUUCUCUAGUUAUACUUUUCUCCAACUCUUGCUGCAUCUUGGUCAGGUAGCUCUCCAUGCUCUUGUUUGAAGGCUGUGGGUUUAACAGAGGAACCACUAAGUUUUCUCUGGGAAGAAAACUUCUCUGGAACACCAAACUAUGAUUACGAUUUCCAACACAAGGACAUUCUAGGACAGGUCUGGUACUCAGUGCACAGUAAAGACCCGUUUUGUUGUUUCUCCACCACAAGUUUGGUGUUGGUCUCUUCUGGCCUCUCAUUGGCCUUGUUUAGUUUACUGGACAAUUACUUUCUAGUACUGAAUUCUUCUAGAUAGCGUUGCCUAUAUUUUUCAAAUUGUAUUUUAUCAGACUCUUGAAUUUUCAUUUUAGAGACCUCUGAUUUCAGGUCUUUAAUUCCGAGUUCCAUCUGACUUCUCAUGGAAGCAUUAUUAGUCUCUCUCAAUUGCUGUAAAUUUUCUUUUUUUUUUUUUUUCCUUUUAUAGGCAGGCAGGCAGGCAGCUGAAAAAACCCC